CGUAUCAGUCCAUCGAUGGACUCGUUCAAUAUGUGACGAUUUACUCUAGAAGCUGCCGGUCGCAGUCAUCGUCUUGCCUACAACAACACAUCUCAAUACAGCCCCGUGCAUAUCCAAGCCCCCUUGAUCGGCGCAACAGCACUCCGCCGCAACAAUCCCCGACCUCCCGAUCUCACGUAGACUUGCCGCGUCGUGAACGCGCCUAACGCACAAGAUGGUAUCGCAGGACAGAGGCCGGGCUAGGUCGAGCCGCCGUUUGACGAAGAAGCGCAGGGACUCGGAGAAGGAGCCACGCCGGCUUUCCCUCGACAUACCAGAGCGCUUCAAGGAUGGAGACGACGCCGAGGACGAUGUUACGGCGCCUAAGAGGAACAACACGAUGUCGAUGAACCAGUCCAUCUUCUCCAUGAUAGCCCGCGCGGGGCAACAUUCGCAGACCGACCUCGCGACCAUGCAGGAGGCGGAAUCGGGCGACAGCGACGAGGGAGGCAAAAAACGGCAGCCUUACCACAGCCUGGAUGGCGCCGCACGGCUGAGCCGCCUAAGCUCAGCGAACGACUUUCAGAGGCGGGCAGAUGAGUCGCAAGACGAGCAGCCCCGGCAGGAAAAGCAGCACCGCAGGGUCAUGUCAGGGCACAAGCUGUUGCAAUCAUUGCCCAAGCUGAGGAGCAAAAAGGAUGUGGGAUCAGAAAGCCAGUCCAUGGACCAAAUGUCAUCUUCACAGCUUCUGCCUCCGCGACCGCCUCCGCCAGCAUCUCCUUCUGCAACGCCGAGCGAACGACCCAAGACGAAGCCGAAGGCGACCCCCAGCGAGAUUGCACAGGUUCAGAAACUGAAAAGCUCAGGUGGGAGAAGUAGGCAUGGAAGCUCAGCGGGGACAGUCAAGGCUUCGGCGCCUAUCACGCUUGCACAACGGAUACGGCAGAUCUUCGAGUUCGAAAAGAUUGAAGAGAUCAUCUCGGAGUACCCUUGCUGGCUAUUACAGAGUGUCCUGCUCCAAGGGUACAUGUACAUCACCCAAAAGCACAUAUGCUUCUAUGCAUACAUACCCAAGAAACACCAUGAUGUCAGUAAGACUGGCUUCCUGUCCAAGCGCGGUCGAUCCAAAUAUAAUAGAUACUGGUUCAUUUUGCGAGGCGACGUCUUGUCUUACUAUACCAAUCCGGCGGAAUUGUACUUCCCACGAAACCGUAUCAACUUGCAGUACGCCAUGUCUGCAGAGAUACUAGAAGCCAAGAAGAAGAACGAGGAUGAAACCACGUUCACUGUCACGACCGACGAACGGACAUACCAGUUCAAGGCAGAUAGCGCUGUUAGUGCAAAGGAGUGGGUGCGGUCGAUUCAGAAGGUGAUCUUCCGGACACACAACGAAGGGAACAGCGUUAAGAUUUCACUCCCCAUCCAGAACGUACUGGAGAUAGAGGAGAGCGCCAUACUCGACUUCGCAAAUACUGUCAAGGUCAGGGUCAUCGAUAAUGACGAGACGUUCGCCAUCGACGAGUACUUCUUCUCGUUCUUCAACAAUGGCCAGGAUGCGCUCAACGUUCUUCGAAUCAUGAUCAACGACAAUGAGCACCACCAACCAACACAGUCCCGCAAUGAUAUUGCGAUCAUCACACCCACUGCUUCGCCGAAAGGAGAUGCAAACCCCCCAAUCAGUCCGUCCAUCGUGGAACCCGUCCGUACUACCCUUACACCACUGCCAGCACCGCACGUGGGACGAUCAAGCAUUAGUGAAGCAUCUGCGCGAUCCAGUAUGGAUGCGGGCCGAAAGAGCUGGGACGCGCGACGCAGCAUGGAUGCUAGUCGUAUGUUCCGCCGGCCAAGUCUUGAACUGAGACGUAGCUUCAGUAGAGGCCGCCACAGUGCACAAACGACGAGCCGCCCGGCUGAUAGAUCGCCAUUGUCGACAAGAGCGACGGAUACUGAGUCCGCGACUACUUCACUCGAACGCGAUACGGAGUCAUCUGCUGCCAUACAAUCGAUAGACGAGAGCAACGUAUCCGCAUCGCAGAUACUGAACCGGUCCGACGUAUUCCGCGCCCCAGCAAACCCUUCACCCGUCACCGCGUCUGACCAACCGGGGCCAUCAGCGCGGUACUCACAAGAUACAACGCGCUCUUCUGGGCGGGACAGACGAUCACCAAAACCAAUGCAACACCGAAGAAGUGACAACAACGCAAAGGCGGCGGCUGUCGCACCCGAAACAACCGACGAGGAUGUGGAGGCGGGUGUAGCUCCACCUCGGUUGUCAGGCUCGUCAUCAGCGCUCCAAGACAUUGCAUCGUACCCCCUCAACAAAGCCACUGGUCUUGCAGGCUUCCUCCGCAACCGUUCAAAGAAGAUGGGCAACUUGCUCGCAACUGAGUCUAUGGGAUACUACGACAAGGUGUCUGGAAUGCUGGCUGGUGGACGCAAGCACUAUAAUACCGACGAAGGACUGGAGACCGGUGACCAAGUGCACGGGUAUGAGGACGACGAAGAUGCCGUCAAAGCGGCAGAGAACUUCAGAGAGCACUUUGCCUUCCCUGAGACCGAGAUACUGCAAUCCUCCUUUUUCGCCUCACUGCAGCGCGUGCUACCCAACUACGGCAAGAUCUACAUCAGCGGGAAAUAUUUCUGCUUCCGCAGCUUGAUGCCAACAUCGAAAACCAAGAUUAUCCUGCCCAUGAAGGACAUCGAGAACGUCAACAAAGAGAAGGGAUUCAGAAUCGGCUACCAUGGCCUCGCUAUCGUCAUCCGAGGUCACGAGGAGCUCUUCUUUGAGUUCUCGAAGGCCGAGUACCGAGACGAAUGCGCCAUUGCUGUGCUCCGCAUACUGGAGAAAGCAAAGUACCUAGAGGACAGGGACUCAUCAUCUUCAGGCGUUGAUAGCGACGACGAGGCAGCCAAAGCAGAGCAUGAUCUGCUCCAGCAAGCGCGCCAGGACACGGCAGAGGACCCACGAGUUGAUGUAUCCAAACUCGUUCGCGCUGCUGACCACGAGCGCAUACCGCUUAUCUUUGACGACCCGCUCGCUUCCUUCGUUGACUUCAAGCCCACCGAAUCUCUCACCGUGGUCUGUCUUACCAUUGGUUCUCGUGGAGAUGUACAGCCCUACAUUGCUCUUUGCAAGGAGUUAUUGAAGGAGGGCCACAAGCCGCGGAUAGCAACUCACGCUGAGUUCGAACCCUGGGUCAGGAAGCAUGGCAUUGACUUUGCGCCUGUCGAUGGCAAUCCCGCCGAGCUCAUGCGCAUUUGCGUUGAACAUGGCAUGUUCACGUACGGCUUCAUGAAAGAGGCGAACUCCAAGUUUCGAGGUUGGCUUGAUGACGUCUGCAGCUCUGCAUGGCGCGCUUGCCAGGGUGCCGAUGUUCUGAUCGAAAGCCCCAGCGCAAUGGCGGGUAUUCAUAUUGCAGAAGCCCUCGAGGUUCCAUAUUUCCGCGCGUUCACGAUGCCAUGGACACGAACCCGCGCCUACCCCCACGCUUUCUCGGUUCUGGAGAAGAAGAUGGGAGGCGGCUACAACAACAUCACGUACAUCACUUUUGAUGCCAUCUUCUGGACAGCCAUCUCCGGUCAGAUCAACAAGUGGCGUCGCCGAGAACUGGGAUUGCAGAAUACGUCCCAAGCCAAGAUGCAGGCCAACUCUCGCCCAUUCAUGUACAACUUUAGCCCCCAUGUGGUGCCUCCACCGCUAGACUGGCCUGACUGGAUCCGCGUAACCGGCUACUGGUUUUUGGACGAGGCAGACAUGUACGAACCGCCUGCGGACCUCAUGGCUUUCAUCGAGAAGGCACGAAAGGACGAAAAGAAGCUCGUCUACAUCGGCUUCGGUUCUAUUGUCAUCGAUGAUCCUGCUGCUUUGACAAAGACUGUGGUCGAUUCAGUCGUCAAGGCAAACGUGCGGUGCAUCCUAUCCAAGGGCUGGUCAGAUCGUCUAGAGACGAAAGAUGCAUCAAAGCUUGAGAUCCCACUACCGCCUGAGGUAUUCCAGAUUCAGGCUGCACCGCACGAUUGGCUCUUCAAGCAGAUGGACGCUGCUGUGCACCAUGGUGGAUCUGGUACAACAGGCGCAAGUUUACGAGCUGGCAUCCCUACCAUCAUCAAGCCUUUCUUCGGUGACCAGUACUUCUUCGCUCAGCGCGUCGAGGACCUCGGCGUCGGCAUAUGGCUGAAGAAGGUCAAUACAAGUGUUUUUAGUCGAGCCUUGUGGGAGGUGACCAAUAGUCAACGCAUGAUUGUCAAGGCGAAGGUGUUGGGCCAAAGAAUUCGCAAGGACAAUGGCGCACAAGUUGCCAUCCAGACAAUUUACCGCGAGUUGGACCGUGCUCGCACUCUAAUUAACAAGCAGGCUAAGCUGGAAGGCGACCAGACAGACGAGUUUGAAGAUGACUGGACAAUGGUCGAAGAGGGGGAGGAAGUUGACGUUGCCCCGUUCGAGGCGCAGCAGGCUGUCAUAGGAAUGACUCAGGACGCAUCUCGGACCGGUGGAGGCUCAUUGGUUCUGGGAAGCAUGGUACUGAGAGGUGCGCAGAAGCGUACCUCUGAGUCGGCACAUAGAGACUGAGCAUUGUAGGUUUCUUUGGGUACUAGCAUGGCGUUCUAGGAGCCUGGAAGAUUGAUAGACAUGACGGCUCACGACACUGUGACCUAGGCACCUAUCAGACGACAUUGAUGCCUGAGAGCUGCCUGAAAGCAGUGCAAUACUUAUAAUUUUUCCAAUGCCCAAUCCACAACGUC